CCAACCCGCUCAAGUUCGAAAAAACAUGUCGGGGAGAAAAGCACUUCGCAAAGAGUCAAACGUGACAUUUGAGGUCACCGUCGACGGUGGAGCUUAUGCUGACUCGACCGUCAUUAAGGACAACUCUAAACAAGGGCUGUUAGGAGAAGACGACGAUAGCGACCCACCGGUCGUCUUUCUCUGCGGGAGUUGCAAGUUGCCAGUCGGUGACUCGCUGUCUUGGGCUGGGAGUGAGGACGAACAAAGUCAAAUACUGCUGAAACGUGUCAGUGACAAUGUUUUGAUUGGUAAAGAAACUCACAUCUCCGGUACCCGUAAGAAGGAUCUAGGCUGCCUGAUAGUCCACCUGAUCUGUUGUGGCUGCAGCUCUCUGCUAGGCAUGGUCUACAUCUCUACACCCAGGAAACUGGACUACAUCAGAUCCCUGUUCUGCCUCAAUGUGGCUGCCAUAGAGAGCUAUGUCCUGGGGUCUUCCAGUCAGCAGGUGGCAGCAGUGAGCCCCAAGCUGCAGCCGGUCACUCUGGAGUACAGACAGGCUGUAGAGCGACAACUGGAUGAGAUUAAGGCAGUGACUCUGUCUAUGGGGCAGAGGUUGUUGGUGCUGGAGGGUGACCAGCAGAGUAGAAGUCAGAUGUGAUGAUGCAUCGUGACGGACCACACUACGUCAUGGGGGGACCCGGUGAGGUCUCAUACACACAGGACUAAGGAACUCAACCCCCCCGACGCUUCACCCUCUCACCCGUUACUCCUCUACCGCCCUUUGUUAGUUCUGAAGGGGUACAAUCAGCCACAACCUGUUUGUUCCACAAGGAUUAAACACCUCUAGCACAUUAAAUGGCACCCUAUUCCCUAUAUAGUGCACUACUUUAGACCAGAGCCCUAUGGCACCCUAGUCCCUAUAUAGUGCACUACUUUAGACCAGAGCCCUAUUGGGUUAAUUAUUGUUAUAGGAUGCCAUUUGUGAUGAAGGCAUUGUUCCCUCCAAGUGGUUUAUGUCAUGUUGAGACUGUUCUGUGUGUUAGAACUCAUAGUUUGGAUACUGUGAACUGUUCUGUGUGUUAGAACUCAUAGUUUGGAUACUGUUAACUGUUCUGUGUGUUAGAACUCAUAGUUUGGAUACUGUUAACUGUUCUGUGUGUUAGAACUCAUAGUUUGGAUACUGUGAACUGUUCUGUGUGUUAGAACUCAUAGUUUGGAUACUGUGAACUGUUCUGUGUGUUAGAACUCAUAGUUUGGAUACUGUGAACUGUUCUGUGUGUUAGAACUCAUAGUUUGGAUACUGUUAACUGUUCUGUGUGUUAGAACUCAUAGUUUGGAUACUGUGAACUGUUCUGUGUGUUAGAACUCAUAGUUUGGAUACUGUUAACUGUUCUGUGUGUUAGAACUCAUAGUUUGGAUACUGUUAACUGUUCUGUGUGUUAGAACUCAUAGUUUGGAUACUGUGAACUGUUCUGUGUGUUAGAACUCAUAGUUUGGAUACUGUGAACUGUUCUGUGUGUUAGAACUCAUAGUUUGGAUACUGUUAACUGUUCUCAUACAUCAUGUGACUCUAAACAAAACAUUCAUAAGUUGAAACAUAUCCUGUUGUCUUAAAGAGAUGGUUCCAUUCUCUUUGUUUAUGAUGGAAUUAUAUUCAACAUGGCAGGUUCCAGGACACAGAGUUAACCUAGUCCUGGAAUAAAAAGCAUUUUCUGUUAUUUUUAGUACUGGACUAGGUUUAGUCUGUGUUUGAGAAACUGCCCCAAAAUGUUGAACCUAAUUCCAUCAUAAAUAGCUGGCUAACUCCUUGAUCCUGCUUGGUAGUAUUCCCCGCUAGGCUAGGCUUGUGUCUGGGGGAACCAGGCCUUCAUAUCCCCCAGCUGGACUAGGCUUGUGUCUGGGGGAACCAGGCCUUCAUAUCCCCCCGCUGGACUAGGCUUGUGUCUGGGGGAACCAGGCCUUCAUAUCCCCCCGCUGGACUAGGCUUGUGUCUGGGGAAACCAGGCCUUCAAUUCAGACAUCAUUCAAGCUAUGAUUUUACUAUUAUUUUCCACUUUUAUCACUUCUUUGUUGUUCAAAUUGAUUUAUAUAAAUAAAUAAAGUUAUAUAAAACAUGA